AACAAAUUUUCUUCGUCCCCAAACAAAUUAGAGGGGAAUCUGAUCUUUAUCAGAGCAGAGAAUCAUGCAAAAUCAUAUAAAAUUCAUCUUUCUUUCUCAUAUUAUUUUCAUAAGCAUCGGUUUUGCAAAAGCCCUCUGUUACAACAAUGGAAACUUCACAGCUAAUAGUACCUAUGCCAAUAAUCGGUACCAAAUCCUUUAUUCUCUGCCUCACAAUGUCUCUGCAAAUACUGGUUACUUCUCUACCAGCCUCGGCCAGGAACCCAACAAAAUAUACGCUCAUGGGCUUUGCAGAGGAGAUGUUACGACAGAGUCUUGUUUCAAUUGUAUCAACUCCACCAGUCAACAACUCAUGGAAGAGUGUCCAAACCAGAAAGAAGCAACUCUUUGGGGAGGUGAAGGUCCAUGUCUUGUACGCUACGGGAACCGCUCUAUUUCCGGAACACUGGUGCUAGAUCCUGCACAAGCUGGCUAUAAUAUUGCUAAAAUAUCUUCAAAUAUGACACAGUUUGAUGAGGUAUGGGAACCUUUGAUGGAAAGGGUGAUUGACAGAGCUUCAAGUGGGUCUCCCAGGAUGAAGUUUGCAACGGAGGAAGUGAGACUGACUGAGUUUCAGAACAUAUAUGCUCUGAUGCUGUGUACUCCAGAUCUGUCUCAGAGUGACUGCGGUGACUGCCUGAAAGAAAACGUGGGUAAUUAUCAGAGGUGCUGCCAUGGGUACCAAGGAGGUUAUUCUCAGAGACCUAGCUGUUAUUUGCGGUGGGAUUUGUAUCCCUUUUACAAUGCUUCUGCGUCUCCUCCAGCUCCUCCACCUCCGUCACUGUCUCCUCCUCCAUCUCCGUCCAGUAAUUCUCCUCCAGUGACAACCAAUACAACAAAUGCAAACGAUGAUGACAAUGGCGGCAUUGAACCUCGAACGGUUGCAGCUAUUGUUGUUCCUACAGUUACUUUCAUUGCAUUUCUUGCCCUCACUUGCAUCUUUCUGAUCCAAAGGAGAAGGAAGCGCUAUCAGGAGGUCGAAAAUGCGGAUGAAGUUGAGAGUUCCUUGCAAUUUGAUUUGGCGAUGAUAAGAAAUGCAACUGAUAAUUUUUCUGAAGCAAAUAAACUUGGACAAGGGGGGUUUGGUGCUGUUUAUAAGGGUACUCUUCCAGAUGGACAAUACGUAGCAGUGAAGAGGCUGUCUAGACAUUCGAGUCAAGGAGAAGUAGAAUUUAAGAAUGAGGUGUUGUUAAUGACAAAGCUUCAACACAGGAAUCUGGUCAGGCUCCUGGGUUUCUGCUUGGCAGGAAUUGAAAGGCUUCUUAUAUACGAGUUUGUGCCUAACUUGAGCCUCGAUCACUUCCUAUUUGAUCCAACAAAGCGUGCUUUAUUGAAUUGGCAAAAUCGCUACAGAAUUAUUGGGGGCAUUGCUCGAGGGCUUCUUUACCUUCAUGAAGAUUCUCGACUGCGAAUUAUUCAUCGCGAUCUCAAAGCAGGCAACAUAAUGUUGGAUGAAGAAAUGAGUCCCAAGAUUUCGGAUUUCGGAAUGGCAAAAUUGUUUGAAGGGGAUCAGACUCAAGACGAUACAAGCAGAGUCGUAGGAACCUAUGGAUAUAUGGCUCCUGAAUACGCAAUGCACGGACACUUCUCAGUUAAAUCUGAUGUGUAUAGCUUUGGCGUAUUGGUUUUGGAGAUCAUCAGCGGUCAAAAGAUCAAUCGUUUCUGUUAUGGGGAAGAUGCUGAGGAUCUCCUAACUUGUGCUUGGAAAAACUGGAAUGGAGGGACAGUGUCAAAUUUGGUAGAUCCAAUACUGAGGGUUGGUUCGAGAAGUGAAAUGAUAAGGUGUUUCCACAUUGCACUACUCUGUGUUCAAGAAAAUGAAGCCAGUAGACCAACCAUGGCUUCAGUUGUUCUAAUGCUCAGUAGCUCAUCUGUUUCCCUCUCAGCACCCUUGAGACCUGCAUUUUUCAGCGGCACUUUUGUCGAUUCUGAGGCAUCAGCAUCAACAACAACAGCAGAUAAAUCCAAAAGUGAAUCUGUUAAAUUCACCACCAAUGAGGCUUCAAUCACUGACUUAGUACCUCGAUAACGCACAAGGAUGGAGGCAGUGUCAUGAGCUAUUAUAUAUGCAGGGAAAUUCUUUCUGCAUCUUCGUUCAUUGACAAUGCAGCUGGAAAGAAGUUCGUCUCUUAAAUGGUACAAAUCAGUAGUGAAUGCAGUUUCUUUAAUAGUUCUAUGGUCAUCAAAUAUAUAUUUAGUACUAGCAGGCUUUUCAUACUCAGAACAAUAUUACUACUUACUCUGACCUCGUAUAGUACUUAGCUUGAUGAUUGUUCGAGUUAAAGCUGUUGCUGUGCAGUGGUGUCGUCUUUAUUCUUAUUACUCGUACUUGGUUAGAAUUUUAUCUUCGUUCGGUCCA